UGCGACGCCUGAUGUACGGUCUUUGAAAAGAAGGAACUCAUUUUCAAUGGAACUCAAUACAUAUGUACGGUCUGGGAGGGGGAGAAAAGAAAAACUCAAUGUGACAGGCAGCCAUAUGCCCAAAUCGCGAGUGAAAGCAAAACAAUUUCGUUCUCGGGUUCAUUGCAAUUGCAAAUUUUGAUACGAAAAUUAGAAACAAGAGUUGUGAUUAUUAAUUAAUUUGUAUGCUAAUGGAUGUGUACGCCGUCUGUCGGAUGUGCAUAUCCGCAAAACUGCGAUUGCGAUCAAUUUUUCUCGAAUACAACGAUAACAACAUGAUGCAGAUCAUAACCGAUGUUCUCCGUUUGGAGAUAUCCGAAGACGAUGGACUGCCACCGAACGUAUGUAAACCGUGUGCUACAACUAUCCUCAAAAUGGGAGACACCAUCGAAGCCUUCCGACAAAACGACCAGAAAUUGAGGGAACUUAUUCUUAAAGGUGAAACAAUCGUCAUAUGUGAGAAGAGUGAUGUUUGCGAUGGUAUUAAAGAAAGCGAGGUCGAAUUGGAUGUUGGGAACGUGGACAACGACGAACAGAUGAUAACAAUGGAACUAGCGACAGUCGACGUAGAUUGUUUGAUCAAAGACGAGCCCGAAGAUAUCGAAACAGCAAAGGAAACUCGUGAGCAAAUAGACGAUACAAACGACUCAAGUGAAUUGCCAAUAGAGGAAGAAUACCUUGAAGAUGAUGAUGAUGAUGAUGAAUUUAUGCCUCAAAACACGGUGAUUCCGAAGAAGCCGAAAAUAAUCAAAAAGAAACGAGCUCGUGAUCCUGAAAGGAUGUCACGCAAUCAAUUGAAACAUCUUCCUGGAAGACCGAGGCUACACGAUCACAUCUGUUACAUUUGUAACAGCGAACCUUUAGGAUCGGCCAAAAACCUGCUAGAUCAUCUAACCAUUCAGCACCAAGGUAUAUUUCCAUACACUUGUUCCGACUGCGUUAUGGAAACGAUCGUGCUUAAAAAUGCCCGUUCCUUGAAUAACCAUAAGAAGAUGCACGCUCAGCCUCUCAAGUGUUCGUACUGCGAUCGAAGAUACUGCGACAAUGCCGCCCGGGAGCUGCACGUGCAGUCGUACCACAUGGGCGAAGGAGCACCCUGUCCAUCUCCGUGCGACCUGUGUGGCAAAGUGUGCAAAUCUCAAACGGCACUCAAAAAUCACCUACGGGAGCAUAAGACUCAACUUAAGUGUCCUCAGUGUGAUAAAAUUUUUCAUAAGCCCAGCUUAUUGAAAAGACAUUUUGGCCGCAUCCACGAACCUCGGACGAACACUUACACUUGUGAAAUUUGUCACGCAGUUCUGGCGUCGAUGGAAGGCUACAACAACCACUUGAAGAUCCACGGCGAAAAGGAAUAUGAAUGCGACAUCUGUCAUAUCAAGUUCCACAACAUAGGAAAUCUCUGUGCUCGCCGGAAGGUGCACGUGAAAAAUGCAAACUACCAACCACCGAAGCGAGAUUGGAACAAUCACUACACCGUUAGUCACGAAA